AUGCAGUUCCUUUGCUGGUUUUUAUCUAUUUUUGCUGCUAUAGUUGCAGCAGGUUCGUUGAAGGAGCUUGAAAUUGGUAUCACCAAGAAGAUUCCAGCUGAAGAAUGCCACGUCAAGGCUAAACCUGGACACACCGUUGAUGUUCACUACACUGGCUACUUGAGAGAUAAUUUGAAACAAUUCGACUCUAGUUACACCAGAGGAACCCCUAUCUCUUUCAAGCUAGGUAGUGGUCAGGUUAUCAAGGGCUGGGACCAAGGCCUGCUUGGAAUGUGCAUUGGAGAAGAACGUAAGAUUCAAAUCCCCAGUAGACUUGCCUACGGUGCAAGAGGUAUACCUGGUGUCAUUCCACAGAACGCUGAUAUGAUUUUUGACGUCAAGUUGGUCGGUAUCAAUUGA